AUGCUGGACUGCCCUCUGGCCAUCUGGAAGGUUGGCCUCGGGCUGGCUGGUGACAAGCUGAGAGUUCAGCCUACUUUUGAGAAGGGGCUGGGGCUGAGUGUGGAAUUGCAGGCACAGCCGACGAAGGCCUGGCUGAACAAUUUCAUAGCGACAGUACGAGAACCGUGGUCCUGGCGCCCCACAAACGCUUCCGUUGAAACAGAGCACUGGUUGUGGAACAAAGUGGCAAUGGUGGCCUCUGCGGAUCCGUCUGCCUCUGGCGAUGGACUGGACUGGAGCCUGGGGCUCAAGAGGCCUCUUGGCAUUGCCAAGAAAUGGAAAGCACUGGCCAGUGGCCAAGGCAG